AUGGCUUGCAUCUCCCGAUACCUUGGACUGCUAGUGGCGGCCAUAGUUGGGCUCGCCGCCCUUCAGUGCACAGAGGCCCGGCCAUGGGCGGGGCAUCAUCCACUAAUCAGUCGCGCGGACCCGCACCCUUGCGCCCAAGCUGCCCCGGCACAGACACAACUGGACCUGAACUCGACGGUGCUCAGCGUGCAGAGCCGGCCCUGGGGUAUGGUGUACUUGGAUGAGACGAUUGCCUUUGCCGCCAUCAACUUUUCCGUCGGGGUGCUCGACACCUCUGAAUUCACGCCAAAGUUGAAGUAUAUGCUGCCGCUGCCGCCUGCCUUCCUGAUUGGCAACGAUGACGUCGACGAGGAUGGCUACGGGCUUCGGGAGAUGGCCUUGACCCACGACAAGGAGAACCUCUACGUCGCUACAGGAUACGGCGCUGUUAUCCUCGACGUUCCCCGUGCACUCUUGGGAAGGAAUGAUUCAUAUGUGGGAGUCCUCAGCAGCAACGGCGUCGCAGGGAGAAGCGCGAUAGAGGUGUCCAUCACCGCCGACGACAAAUUUGCCUUUGUGAGCCAGGAGUUUGGAAGCAAUACGACGCAUGAUCUCGGAGGCAUCGAGGUCUGGGGUAUUACUCGCCAGGCCAACCGAACCGUGACGAGCGUGCACAAGGGCUUCAUUGGCCUGGGAUUCCGCACCAUUGGCCAACAGUUCUCAGCCGACCACAACAGAUUGUUUGUCACCAGCGAGAUCAACGGCACCGCGAGAUCGCUCAACGAGACCGGCGGCAUCAUCAGCGUCCUCGACGUGGCAACGCUGCGUAAUGUCCCCAACCAGUCCCUGGUCAAGAACGUUGCCGGAGGGUGUCAUCCAGUCCGGUCCGUCAUGUCGGUUGACGGGAAACAGCUCUGGGUCACGACGCGAGAGUCGAAUCAAGUAUUGGCCUUUGACGCAGUCAAGUUGGCAGAUAACACGACCAUGGAUCCGCUGCUGGCUACACUCGGGACAGGCACAUCACCCUUGGGGAUCACGGCCAUCAAGGACUACAUUUUUGUUGCCGACUCGAACCGGUUCCUUUACAGCGGUACAACCACUGGUGUCUCAGUCUUCAACAUUCGCGAUGCAUUGCAAAAGGGAACCAUCAAUUUCCCGCAAAUACCUACUGGAGCCUUCCCGCGCUCGCUGGCGGCCAGUCCCAGCGGGAACACGCUGCUGGUUUCAGAGUUCAAUGCUUCGAGCAUUCGGGCAGUGGAUAUCCGCGCAUUGAGCGCAGUGUAG